CCAACAGUUACCCCAUUUAAUAACACUAAUUGAGCUGAUGAACCGACACGUUAAUCUUCCACAUUUUAAAGUGUCGGGUUUAUGUAGCGGUUCAAACUUUCUUCUGAUUGCACGUUGACAGUAUUGCCUGCAGCAUAAUGUAUCCCUCGAGAGUAUGGCGAACUAUGGACAGUGUAAAUAUUUCGCAUCCGUUAAUCGACAACGUGACCGUCGAAAACGCAACCGCUGCUUGGAAGUCGGAAGCCAUUUUAUCGUUAAUAGAAACCGUGGCCUGCUUAUUCCUCAACGGACUAGCCUUGCUGGUUUUCGUCAAAGAAGCACACCUGCGUGUGCACUUCAAUAUCUACCUCAUCAAUCUGGCUUUAGCCAAUUUUGUCUACUUUGCCGUGGAAGGCCCGUUGGAUCUCAUUAAUCACACGGUCAGCGUCUGGUAUCUGGGCUGGAACUGGUGCACCGUGUACAUGUACGGAUUAUGGGUAGUGUCGCUCGUGCAGUUUCUGACGCAUCCCCUGAUCGCGUUAAACCGUUUGUGGGCCAUCGCGCUGCCAGUCCACUACCGGCAAAACCAUACCACGCGCACCGCCCUAGUCUGCUGUCUGGGCACGUGGGUAUUGGGGCAUUUGGUCGGAUUGCCAGGGAUCAUUCUGGACGCGGCAUACUACCGGAAGCCGAUUGACGGCCCGGAUGGGUGUGUGGUGAAUCCGGAUGUGCCCGGACAAGCGGCGUGGAUGCUGGUGGUGCAGUUUUUCAGUGUGGCGGCAGAAGCCAUCGUGGUGGGCGUCUUCCCAUUGAUCUGGUGGCUACAGCGGCGGCGUAAGCGGGUCGGGCAUUUCAUGCUCAAGUCCGAGCACCGGCCGGGUGGGGCGCACACGGUGCACACGCAUCUGGAUGUGGAGCACAAAGACCAUUCAUCACAUCAUUCACACCAGUCUCACGAUCGGGCGCGCGCGCGUUCACGCGGCAACUCCGUGGCGCCCAACCUCAUUGAAAAGCGGGAUGUGGCUGCCAGUCGCAAGCACAUGCACGCUUUUCUGCUGCUGACCCUCUUAACCAUCAGCGUCUUCUUGUGCUGGAGUCCCUCCGUCAUCUACUUUACGGCGGUGGCCUUUGCGCCCAACAUAACCAAUCCCAGCAUCGAUUCGUCGGUGACGCUCCUGUACAACUUCCAAGCCGUCAUGGAUCCCAUUCUGUUUACACUCAGCUUGAAAGACCUGCGUCAUGGACUGUACAAGCUGAUCACCUGUGCACGAUGGUGACAAAGUGGUGUGCAGACAAAUGCAUGCGUGGUCUAUGAGAAAUUGUUUUUUAAGUGGCUACAAAAAGUUGUGUAUGCACUGGUAGCCAAAAAGCAGAUGUGCUUGCGUACUUGCGUUUGUUUCGGCUGACUACCGGC